AUGGUGGAAGAGUUCUUAUUUGGGCUUCCAGGACUGGGCAACUUGAAGCGGCAAGACGGAUACAUACUCCAAGCUGCAGGAAAUCCCGAGCGCCUGGUCAACUGCACCGACCGUAAAUUCAACGUAUCAGCGCUGUCGUGGGCGGCCAUCCACGGCCAUGAACUGGUAGUUGACCUUCUCUUAUCCAUCGAGGGCAUUGAUCCGAACCCCAGAAACCCAAGGCGCCGAACACCACUGUCGCAUGCCGCGGAAAAUGGCCAUGCAACGGUCGUCGCGCGGCUUUUGGCUCAUGAGGGCGUGGAUGCCGACGCCAGAGACUCGGUCUAUCGGACUCCCUUAUUAUGGACGGUUUCGCAGCUGGUGUCUAAUCUGAGCGAACCGGAUACUGAUUUGGUAGGACGCGAUUUCCGACUACCAUGGUCCGUUGCGCGAAUGUCUGCUCGGGGUAUUCAGCAUCACAGGGGCCGGGACCCCGUAGAGAACUACAAGGCUAAAAUAAAACUAUAUCAGGCAGUAUGGGAGUCUGGAUCGACCUAUCUGCGCAUUGUCAAUCUGUUGCUCGCGCACGGGGUGGAUUUAGAAGCGGCGGACGCCUCCAGACAAACGGCAAUUGCUUACGCUGCCAAGGGUGGCUCCAGGAGAUUGGUGGAGCUGCUUCUGGAUCACGGAGCUGGUGUGAAUUCUGGAGUAACCUAUCCAAAGGCUCCGUCAUCUGUAGCUGGCGUUGCACUGUACGGGGCAGCUGGGAGUGGGGAUAUGGACACGGUGAAGCUUCUGCUGGAGAGAGGUGCCAUAAUGCAGGAUGGGAGCUGGUCUGCAUUGAACCCGGCUGCACAAAAUGGACAUGCGUCGAUAGUCGAGGCCCUAUUAAAAUCCCCGGUUCCGAAAUCCCCAAUCGUCCCUGGUCGGACUAGUACUUGGCAGCCAUUGCUAGAAGCCAUACAAAGGGGCCAUCUCAGAGUUGUCCAUACUCUACUUCUGUACCGCAAGCAUUCCUAUCCAGCAAUGCCUCUCUUUGAAGACGCUCUUUUCUGGGCCGCCUAUGGGGGAUGGGAGUUUGUCUUUCGAAUGUUGCUUGGUGCACGAUCGCCGUUGAGUGGGAAUUGCCCGUAUCUCGAGGGCAUCCCAGUUCUGGCAGCAGGAGUCAUGGGACGGAACAUGGGUAUUCUGCAAAGAUUACUGGAAAUCAAGGGAAUUGAUGUCAACGCUCAGGACCGACAUGGAUGGACCGCACUCACUUGGGCCGCGGGGAUCGAGAAUCAAGAGGCAGAGGCUUUGCUGCUCGAGCAUGGCGCUGAUCCGUCAUACAAGAAGGAGAUCACAGAUCCAAGUCAAUGGCGUCCACCUCAUGGUAUUUUCCUCCAAGGUCAAACAGUUCGUCUUCCAAUGAACCGCCCGUAUCCCCUGAGUUUCUCUUCCCGGGGGAUAACCGUCCACGAAUGA